AGUUUGAAGUAUACAGGCUUAUAAAAAUGGCACACGGAAUGGUGUCACGAUAAAACUCGGUUGUGCGCGAGCUGGUUUAUUUUGUGAACUGGGUGAUAUUUUAGCUAUGGGCUUGACACUCGAACCGGUAGAGGCGAUGCAUCACAUGAUACUGCAUCAAUGUUAUGGUUGUACGCGAUCGCUUCCGCCACUUAUCUGGCAAGGGGCACUGUAGUAGACAGCAGUUGUUGCGCCAGCAUUACAGAUAACGCGCACCUUUUACUCAGUUCAUAUAGUAUAAGAUCCGUUACGCGCACACCGUUCAAUUCAUACGAUAACUGUCAAGCGCUGCCGAGCAGACGAUUGUACUCGAUCGAACCUAUUAGUUUAUUGUCCACGGUCGUCACGUGUUGCGUUCGCUAUUGAAUUUUGACGACCAGUAGUGCGAAUAAUUAUUAUUUAAAUAGUUAAGAUAGCUUACUUUCCUUGACGUAAGGAUUUAUGAUGUACAUUAGAGUGACAUUAUCUAAAAUAAAAAACGUAGUGUAAUAAACGCGUACGCGCGCGCACGUAUAGUACACACAUGCACUCGACAAGAACCGGCAGCCGGCGACCUGACGUACCCCACGCACACGACUACGGGCAGGCAGUCAGCAGUCAGCGAGUGACGAAGCAGCCCAGUCCAGCAGUUGUCCGCCAAAACAUGUCGGGUUCCAGCAUGUGUUGCCAUUUCGCGAGAUCGGCCAUCGUGGCCGUCGCUGCGUUGGCCUCGUGCACGGACGCUGCGACCAUCGUGUUCAAAAUGAAAGAUAGCGCAGACAUGGGUUUUAAACCUGCCAGAACAACAGUGCUGGCUGGAACCUCAGCCGCCGAAACACUUAGCGAUAUCAAAGGAAAAUCUUCCUCCACUUCAGUCGAGGGAGGAUUUAACUUCACGACAAUUUCAUUGAAUGUUGCCAACAACGUAUCUCACACUUUAGACCAAGAAGAUCAGGAUGGCAUAACGGAUGAAGACGCAUUGUCGGCCGUGUGGUAUCUAGCUGCUUUCGGUGGACUUGUACUGUUCUUCUUUGUGGUUACAUGCUCCGAGCUGUUCUUCGGUAACCCUAUCUAUACACGUAGACCGGUCGAGCUACCUCACGCUGGCUACCUACGUCGACACGUUUACGGACUUCGAAAUCAGGGGUACACGCCCGAGACGCCACCGCCGCCGUAUCAUUUAUUUGCACCGCCCAGCUACGCGGACACCUUAAAGGGAUUGCCGGCCUACGAUUCCAGCAAAAAGUUGAUCGACGUGUUCGUGGUACCAGUGCACGGAAGCGACACGGCCGUCGCAUCACUUCAGUCUGCCACUAACGUGGUACCGGCCACAGCCGUCGACGACCGUAAGCAGAUUGCCCUGACCAAAUCCUAAUCGACACUCAAAUGUUGUACAGUGUGUUCUCCCCUCACCGAGCGAACGGAGCAGACGAAGCGAACAUUACGCACCGACUGAGCGGACUCUCUCCCACGCCGGGAACACUCGUUUCCUUUGAUCUCAUUUUUUGUGCGGUGCAUACAUUACACAUUAUGUAUUAAAAACGAUUAGAACUUUAUAAAUAAAUAAAUGUAUUUUUUGAUUAUUUAUUACACGCUCGUGUGAUGGCGUGUUAGACACUACCUAUUUAAUGAUAUAAAUUUUUUUACUUUUAGUUCAACACAAUUCAGAUUUUGAUAUAAUUUAUUUAUUAUUAUUUUCUUAUAUUUAUUGAGCGUUAUGAUUUUUAACAUUUUGUACUGUACUAUUUUUUUAGUCGACGGUAAAUUGUUAUCAUUAUUUCAUUUUUUUACGUAAUUGUUAGUAAUAUUUAUUAUUAUAUUUUAUGAAUAAUUUGUAAAGCGUCCUUUGUUUGGGUACGCUGGUGGUUACUUCUGCACUUGGUUUUUGUCCCGCAAAAGGAUUAUCAAUUAUUAUUUACAAAUAUUUUAUUACUUGUUUUAUAAUAUUAAAGUAUUGUCCCAUUUGUUAUUGACACAGGUUGAUUAAUCAGCCAAUAAAAGACCCUGCCCCUUUAAUUUGUAUUACAAUUAGAACUGUUAAAUUUUUAAUUACUGUUAGAACUUUUACUUGUUGUAUAAACGGGUGUAAUCCGACGAAAACCAUUUGCGGAUGCCCCUCCCCAGUUAUUUAAAAUAGUAUCGUAUCUUAUGCUGCUACAGUCAGUGUAACAUGAUAAUUAUUCAUUAUAAUAAUAUAUAAAUGUAUUAAUGUGUUAUUUUCUGUAUGAAUUCUGUGUAAAAUUUUAUGUUACACGUAUCGCUUAUAAAACUGUAUACAAACCGAAUUAUUUUUUAAAUAUAUAAUUACAAUUAUAAGUGUUAAAUGUUCGGUCUAUGUGAGUUGUACGAAUAUUUUAAGUGUAUUUUAUAAGUAGCCUAUAUUAGGCAAAUUUUUGUAUUAGUUCAUUAAACGGUUACCAACACUCAA